AUGCGAUCUGCUGUGAUAUGGGAGCAGUACAAUGCUGCGCGUGAACAGCUUCAAGCACGAAUCGCCGAGAAAAUACGAAGACAAAUGAGCACACUUGUCGGCAAUAUGGAAAGUGCGGAUUUAUUGCUUGUGGCCGCUGAUGGUCGUAAACUUCCCGCACAUGAAUGCAUCCUACGAGCUCGAGCACCUGGAUUUUAUCAGCGUCAUGUGGAAGCUACUGUAGCUGCAAUGGGUCGGCAAGAUGGACGUCUUCGCGAGGUGGCAAUUGGUGACAUCGACUCGUCAGGCCUCGAGUUUUUCAUACAUUCCGUGUAUACAGAGGACGAGAUGGCACAAUUCCCGUCUCAACUCGACGAAGAGCGUCUGUGUGAAAACUGUCGACGAAUCAUGGAAAUGAAAAAAAUUUCAAGAUCCGUAAUCAAGAGCGAUUUAUCGCGUGCGUCCAACCGAUCACUUGCAAUGGACGAAUCCACAGCCGAGCUGGAUUUUCACCGGAGAGGGGCGGAUGAUAGAUCGCCAGAAGAAGAGACUCCAACAACCGGACGACCGCCCCUCGGUGACAUUUUAGCGUCCGGUAGCUAUCCUCCUUCUCCUCGUCGGCUAAUGACGACAUCUACACCGCCAUAUAUGCCGUCGUCGGCCUCGGCAACAUGUCAAACGACUGUAUCUGCGAUGCCGUCUUCAACGUCACAUCCGAUGGCGUCAUCAGCUCCUGUGAUGACGUCAUUCAGAGAUCUGGCGUCCGGAUCACCAAUGACAAGUUCCGCAUAUUCUCUCGGCGGGAGAAGCGAGGUUGCUGACAUUCCGGAAGAAGACGAAGAGGCACACACAGAACGGCGACAUAGUCGUGGAGAAAUAUCAAUGAGCAAAUUUAUCCGACUGGAUAGGGAGGAGCCUAAAGAUAUCCAGAAAGAAUACCUGGAACGGAAGCGGUCACGAGAAGGACCCAAGCAAAUUUUCCCAAUGUUCAUCGGGUUGGCGGACGGCGAAAUCGAACGAGCUGCUGAAGUACCACGUAGUGGACGAAUUAUAAUGACGAAAAGAUUGUCGAUGACGUCAUUAACUUCCCUGAAUAGUAUUGAUAUGACACCCACUUCUGAAGCUCAAAUACCGCAAGCAGAUCGAGCACCGUGUAGUCGUCUAGCGUCAGACCUCAUGCAAAUGUACCUCAACAACCAGGACACAGAUGUUGUGAUUCGAACAGAAAGUGGUGACCUACAUGCACAUAAGUGUAUACUAUCAGCAACAUGUCCAUUUUUCCGGCAACAACUUCAAAAAUCAAGGAGAAUCGAGAUGAAGGGAUACUCCCGUAAUGCGAUACACUUUCUUCUGUGUUUUCUCUAUGGAGGUCUCACAUCGAUACCUGAUGAGGUAGACGUCUGGGAAGUGAUAGCUUUAGCCACACACCUCAAUCACAAGGAUUUAGCCGACGUUGUAAUUCUUCAUCUGAAAGCAACGCGAUGUCACUGGUUUCAUAGACCAUGCGCUUCAUGUGUAUCGGCUGUCUUUGACGCCCUUCCGCAGUUCGCAUCAAUACGAUGCCUCAAACCGUUGUAUGAAGAGGCUUUGGCAUGGCAAGCCCGCCAUUUUGCUAGGAUUUGGAAGGGCAGAGUGUUUGGGCAUUUAAAUGAGAGAUGGCAGCGAGAAUGCUAUGAGGCAAUAAUCCAGCAUUUGGACGAUGAAACACUUAUCGAUACAAUAUUAGGAUGUGAACGACUGCAGAUCGCACUUCCACGAUCAAAAUCAGAAUCGUCUUUAGCCGUGUUAUUACUGGUUGAUGAUGUUCUGGAAGUAGCAAUGCAAUUCCUCGUUCAUUCAUUCCAUUUGGUCGUCACAAGUCGAUCAUUCCAACAACAAGGAAAGGGUCUCGCUUUGAAUCUUGGCGUAUUAGAGGGUCUAUUUCCAUCUGUGGUACACUCUCUGUCAGCAGACGUAGCCAUUAAAACCUUCAAAGGUUUGGAUGAUCUUCUAGAGGAAAUCAAAACUGCACCACCAUCACCAAGCCGAGCAUUGAACAUUCCACUGGAUGAAUAUAGUCCUAGGUUUUGUUCACUUGUUCGUCGAAUAUAUGAACUAGUCGAUAAGCAUCUAUUGCAUUAUGCUGCAUCGGUGGUGAAAGCUGACGCAUGGCACCUUUUGUCCGAACGUCAGCAGACAAGGAUUCAUGACGCUGGUUUAUUCGUGGAACUCCGCCAACCUAAGGCACCACCACCACGAUUCUCCAGUCAUAACCGAAGCUAUAAGCGAUCGGCUUCUGCUGGAGUACAGUUUGGGCAUGAAAUUCCUCCUUUAGAAAGAUCGAGGUCAAUAGAGAGAGGAAGGCCGCUAUCAACCAUACAGCAAACUAUAUCCACAACGGCUGAAGAUACUCAAAAAACAGAACAAGUCACAGAGGAUGUUGCAAAAGAACGUUCCUUAGAAAGAAAACGUGAACGGAAAGAAGAGCCCGGGGUUCAACCGCCCGAGUCGAAGGACAGUAAAACAUCCGGACGAGAAACUCCGACCACCACGAAAAUCAAACCCCCAUCGACGUCACGUCAAACGUCAAAGGAAAGAAAGUCCGACUCGCGUUCCACCUCACAUGAAAAACGUGCAACAUCCAUAAAUAUUGAGCGACAGCCGUCUGUUCAUGAUGAAUCCGAACAGCUUAAGGAAUCGACUAGUAGCUCUUCUGCUCGGGCGGAAUCACCACGUGGUAAACCUACGCGACCGACAGAGACUAGAAAAUCGCCGACCAAGAAGAAAGCGAUUGAAACUGAAGAGGGUAAAUUGGAGCGCCAAGGCACUCACACGAUUAUGAACGUGGAUCGAGGAAAAGCUGUGGAACUUCCAGGACCAGGGCCUUCACCAACCAAGACAGUAGAAAAGCCGAAGUCUGUGGUGAAACCUAUGGUGAAGGAUCCCCCACUAGCUAGUGCAGCUCAGAGAACCGUAACACGAUCCGUUCCGUCGAGGACCUCUAAGGAGGUGAAGACUGCUCCCGUAGUGAAAUCAUCGAUCCCGAAAAGUGUGACCACAACUCCAGCGAAAUCGUCGCCAGCACGACCACCUCCUCGGAUUCCAGCCACAGAAACGAAAUCGAGGGCAAUGCUCACAAGAACAGGACGAAGUCCUAAACCAGGUCGCAAGACUACCAAUUCCAUUGAAAAGUGA